AUGUUUACUAAAGGCUUUACCAUUGCGCUACUGUGGUUAGUACACAUGUGGGUUGGGUCCUCAGAAAGACUGGACCGCACGUUUGAAGAUACACCCAAGGGGGACCCGCUGGUGGCACAAACUAUGCGAACGCUGAUGUUGCGCUACUUCCGAAGUGUUCGGGUGCUACUUCUUGGCAGCUACCGGGAGCUUGACGAACGAGCGGACGAAUGGUUCUCAUCGCUUCAAAUACCACUGGUGAUGUUCACACACAAGCUGCCGGAAUCUGUGGAAUGCAUGCAGUCGAUAGUGCAGAAUGAAAGUCUCGGUGGUAAAGAUGGCGACGGACCAGCGUCGCUUAGCAUGGGUGAUAACGUUUUUAUUCUUCCGGAACAUGCUGAGGUGGGAGUUGUGCUGCAGUUUAGCACGGUGUGUCAUUUUGCACGCUACUGUGAAGAUCUUCAUCCGCUCCAUGAACUGCAGCGCUAUGUACAUGGCAAUUAUUUGAUCUUCAUACAGCAGCCACUAGUGUCGAUCGAGAAGCUGUACUUUUUUAAUCCCUUUCAUGCGGAAGAACGGGAGCAGCUGUUACCGUUCUACGUGCAGCAAGAUUUUGUGACGAGUCCUACCGCCAGCUCCAAAGUGAACAUUUUCAAAGGCAUACCAAUUCGCUGUACAGUUUUUCCACGCAAUCCGACCCUACUUACGUGGGAUAUCCUUCCGGAAUCGUUCCGCAGUGUUCAGUACGUGCAGCAAUCGGUUCAAGCCUCGAACGGAUCGGGUGGACUCGAUGGGAUGCUGCUCGGUAACUUGGCAGUGGCGAUGAAUUUUACCGCCGAAACGAUGGAUGCAUCGGAUGGGUUGGAAUAUGGGUUUCGACUGCCGAACGACAGCUAUGUGGGAUCGCUCGGCGAUCUGUUACAGUAUCGGACCGACGUUUCGUUCAACAUUCGCUUCAUGAAGUUUUACGAUACGGAUGAAAUCGAGUUCCUGCACCCAAUUUAUUCGGACCAGCUGUGCAUCCUGUCACCGAAAUCGCUCGAGAUACCUCAGUGGUUGGCCAUCUUUCUUUGCUUUCAUCCCUACGUUUGGGCGUCGUUUGUGGUGAUUGGGUUUGUUGGAGGGUACUGUUGGUACGUGCUGCGACGCUGGGGUCUGUCCAAGAUACGUCGGUACAGGCAGCUUCGGCACAGGAAGGGUGAUCGUGCGCAAUGUUCUGUACUAUCGAUCGAGCUAUGGCUUGUGCUGCUGGGAGCAAGUUCGACGCACCUGCCAGUUCGAAUGAUCGAACGGUUGCUACUGACGGUGUUUCUCAUUGCGAAUGUCAUUAUCUCGGGAACGUUUCAGGGCACGCUAACUACAGCAUUCAGCACCAAAUCUUUCUACAAGGAUAUCAACACAUUAGCAGCACUCGAUCAUUCCGCUUUACCGAUCGCAACCUCGUCCCGCUCGCUGUUGGACAUAUUUGGAAAUGAUUCACUCAGCCCAUUGUACCAGUCCCUGCAGAGGAAGCUUCAAAUACUGAACGAAUCCGCUCGUCAUCGGGCUGCAUAUGAUCGGGAUGUGUGCUGCAUCGAACGCUACUCAGAUGUGCAUCUGAUCAUCAACACGGAGUACAUUCGACCGGACGGACAACCGAUGCUACACGUCAUUGAUGAGUGUCCGCGAGUAUAUUCGCUCGCCUACAUCGUCCGAAAAGGGUGGCCAUUCGCACCGCUCUUCAACGCCGCCAUAUCUCGAUUUGUAGAGUCUGGGUUGUGCAUGAAGUGGUACGGCGAUACUGAGGAUGCGCUGAUUAUGCAGAAACGCAUACAACAGAUGAUUGAACAUCGGGAUGAGUCGAUUCUGCGCAAACUUACCGUCAUUGAUAUGCAGACGUCCUUCUACAUCAUGGCAAUGGGAAUAUUUGUUAGUUUAAUAGUUUUUGUUGUGGAAAUGUUUGUCGCAAGAGGAGUGUAA